GAGUAAAUAUCUACAAUGGAGGAAGUGAUGGUAGUCAUUGUAGGAGCAGGUCCUUCUGGCCUAGCUACCUCAGCUUGUUUAUCACGUCUUUCUAUUCCAAACCUAGUUUUGGAAAGGGAGGACUGCUCGUUCUCUCUGUGGAAAAAGAGAAGCUAUGAUCGGCUUCACCUGCAUUUAGCUAAACAAUUUUGUAGCCUUCCUUUCUUUGAGCAUUCACCAAAAAGUCCCGUUUUCAUGUCGAAAAAUGCCUUCAUUAGGUACGCAGAUGACUAUGUUUUGCGCUUUAAUAUAAGCCCUCUUUACUGUCAUUCUGUUGAAUCGGCUGAUUAUGAGGAAGGCAAAAAUAGAUGGCAGAUUGUAGUGAAAAAUACCAUCUCUGGGGAGAUGAAGGUAUAUGUUUCAGAGUUUUUAGUUGUUGCUUGUGGUGAGAACAGUGCCGGCUAUAUCCCUAUGCUGCCUGGUCUGGAAAACUUUAGUGGCGAAGUUGUCCAUUCCAGUGAGUAUAAGUCAGGUUUAAGGUUUCAGGAUAAAAAGGUUUUGGUUGUUGGAUGUGGAAACUCCGGAAUGGAGAUAGCUUAUGACCUAUCAAAUUUCGGAGCCCACACUUCAAUUGUGGUUAGAAGCAAGUUUCAUGUUCUGAGCAAAGAAAUGGUAUUGAUUGGACAAUUGUUGUUCAAGUAUCUCUCGGUUUCUGAGAUUGACAAUUUCAUCACAGUGCUCGCUGAGCAUAAGUAUGGCAAUUUAUCCAAGUAUGGGAUUCAUCGACCAGCAGAAGGCCCAUUUUAUCUUAAAGGGACAACUGGUAGAUCUCCCGUUAUCGAUGUUGGAACUGUUGAGAAAAUUCGUUCCAGAGCGAUAAAGGUUUUUCCGGCAAUAUCAUGCAUCAAAGAGGAAUUUGUGGUGUUUGAGAAUGGUGACCAGCAACAAAUUGACGCAAUAGUUUUUGCAACGGGAUACAAAAGCACAGCCAAAAAUUGGCUUAAGGACUACGGCUAUGUUCUCAAUGAAGGUGGAAUGCCCAAAAACCAUUUCCCAUUCCACUGGAAGGGUGAAAACGGCAUAUAUUGUGCCGGUUUAUCAAAAAUGGGAUUGGCCGGGGUGUCGUCAGACGCCAUUGCUAUUGCCGAUGACAUUAAAAUGGCUAUGAGCGGCAAAGAAGGAAAGCGUGAUGGAUGAACUUUACCUUCUUUUGUGAACUGCUGUAACAAAAAUAUAUAUAUAUAUAUGUACUUUCUUUAGUGUGUAUAUAUAUGAGCUAUAUGUGUGAACUAUUGUAUUGUCCUUCCAGUUCUUGUGAACUCCUGUAACAAAAAUAUGUAUAUAUGUACGUUUUUUCUAGCGUAAAUAUAUGAGCUAUAAUUGUGAACUAUUAUAUUGUC